CGAACGCGUGUGCGGGGCAUGAAAUAAUCGUCGCAAAGCACAGCACAGCACAGCAAAGCACAGCGGCAGAAAAAGGAAAACCAGAACCAGAUAAAUACACUCGCAAAUAAACAAAACUACUUGCUACGUCAGAAGACCGCAAACAAAAGAUAUGAACGCAACGCAGCCGCGUUGCCGCUGACGUCGCUGCCAAGGUUCGUCUGGGCGGCGCUCUGGCGAAUCGGAUACUAAAGUAGUAUUAUUUUCAGAGCAGAGCAGAGCUUUUUCUUAGCGUUGCGUUUCGUUUCGUUUCGCGAUUCUCUGUGCUGAUUUGCGUGCGUGUGGAAUCGUGUGUGCGCGUAGAGCUGACCUUAGGAGCGGAAAACUGCACCUGAAUCUCGCCCAUCAGCAGUGCCUUGAGAUUCCCCUUUCGAAGUGAACGUUUGAUCUCGAAACUGGAAAACAGCACCUGGCACAUACACACUUCUCCGGAUUCCAUUCAGAGAGUAGAACUAGGCCAGAAUAUAAAAUUUUGAAUGUUACUUGAAACGAACGCGGAUAUCGUAAUCGCAAUAUCGUCGAAACAUGAGCGACAAACGAGGAUUCGUCUUGGACGCAGAGUCUAUGGGACUUUCCAGUCCGGAGACGGCCACGACCUCGGGGCAGCAGCCGGCUGCGCAAUCGCUAGAUGUUCAGCAGCAUCUGCUAGCUCAGCAAAGCCAAGAGGCUCCACAGAAGAACACAGGGAAUGACAGAAAACUGUGCGAUGACUUGAAGCAAUGCAGCAGUAGCCUCUUCGAUGAAGAAAACAACACCCAUUCCAAGUGUAAUGGCAUCACUGAGCCCAUAGCCACGGAGCACUAUCACCGUCUGCUGGAAAAACUGCCUGUGGGAAACGGCGAAGCCACCCGGAUAAAUCUCGAGCUGAACCAGAUGUUCCUCAAUCGGCUGAGAGAGAUCGACAGCCAUGACACUCAGGGCGGACAAAAGUACCUCCCACUCCAGCUGCGUCUGGUCACUUUCCAAGAGUGGGUGGACUUCCUACUGCACGUCAACAGCGUCAUGUUUACCAACUUGUCGGCACUUGAGGACGAGGCAAACGAAAAGGUCAAGGCAUGCGUCCAGUCGGUCAAUGGGGAGCAACAGCAGACGCUGGAAGACAACCGAAAGCUGCGCAAGGACCUCUGCGCAAUCAUAAAGCUCUUGCAGAAUGCCUAUCACCGGGACGUUUGGGACACGAAAAAUAUUGAACUGGAGACCCUGACUGUUAACCAGCUGCUGGGCAUAACCCGCGAGCAGCGUCAUCCGGAGAGCGAGAGCGAAAAGAUGGCGGAAUGCAUGAAAUCGCUGGUAAACGAAAUGGCCUCCAAGCACGAUGAGGCCUGCCAUCUUAAGUCCCAGCUCUGUGCCCUCGACGAGGUGGUCCAGACGGCCAGGCAAAAGCUCAUCCUGAAGGACCAAUGCAUUGCCCAGCUUAAUCAGCGGCUGCAGGAGAUCACGGAGUGCCUUGCGAAUGUGCCACAGCCUGCGCCGUUCUUCGAGAUGCCGAAGGAUGAUGUGAAGAAGGUCGGAGAUAUGGUUGCUUCCUGCAUUCUGGAUAAUCUCUCGGUGAAAGAUAAGCAGGAAAGCAAAAUUCUGAAGAUACUUGAUGCGGAACUGAACGAACUGCUGGAGCUGCACAGCAGGCAUGAAUUCCAGUCCAUGGAGGCCUGCCGGAAUCGUCUUUACGCCUUUUUCGAGAAGUUUAGCAAAGAACUCGUUGAAGCCACGCGGAACCUUGAAAAUGUUCGAAACCAUCUGAGGGCGCUUCGGUACGACGCGAAUAAGCCCGGCUCUGAUCCCUACACCACUCCGAUGAGUUUAGUUUUUCCGGAUCCGGACGGAACGUCCCUGGAGUCUUUGCGACGUCACCUGCAGACCUUCAACAAUGCCACCACGGAAAUGCACGGCAAUUACCUACGUCUGAUAUCCGAAAACAACGAUUUAAUCUCCCGGCUUAAAUCGGAAAGUACAAUAACCACUAGGAGCACAGAAAUUCUCAAAGGUAUAGCCGAUAAAUUUGUCGAGAUGGGCUUUUCAGACUUCACGUACAAAUGGAUAUAUGAAGCAAGCUCAACGGACAACCCAUUCUGUGAUGUCAUUAAUGAAUUAUAUGUCAAAAAAAAGGACGACAUCGCCUUGGAGGAGCAGCAGCUGUUGAAAACUAACCAGCGUUUGUCCUGCCAGAUAAGCAGCCUGCAGGAAAAGCUAGCAGAUCGCGAUGCCCAAGUUAUCGAGCUGCACGACAUGAUAAAGAGCUACUCCGAUUUCAGCGAGAACCAAGGACUCAAGGAGGAGAUUUACACCCUCAGGCAGACACACAGUGCACAGCAACACAAGUUGCGCCAGAUGGCCUCCUUGCUCAAGACCCGUGAAGAACUGCGCGAGGAACUCUGCAAGCAGCUCGAAAAGCUCGAGGGGACCUACGAGGAGCAGUGCAAGGAGCUGAAGAAGUCCAAAAAGCGCCAGCAGAGCCUUGAAGAGUCUGUCUGUAAGGGGGAGAACAAGCUGGAAGAUAUCACAACAGAGCGCAAUCUGUUGCGGGAGGAGAUCUCGGCGCUAAAAGAGAAGGAGGCCAAAGCCGCAGGACGCGAGCGGGCGCUCUGCGACCAGCUGAAGAUCAGCCAAAAGGAGCUGACCAAUUCGCGGCGGGUUAUUCAAAACUUGCAGGAUCACGUGAACCAGGGGCAGCAAAAGCACCGCGAGGACGUCGAGCAGCUGAAGGUGGCCAACAUCGAAAUGAACCAGCAGAUUCGGGAGUUCGAGAGCGAAUGCAAGCAGAUGAGGGGCAAGCUGAAGCAGCAGGCGGACGUAAUCCAAAAGCAGGAGCAGAUCAUCAGCUCGUUCCGCCAGUGGAAGGAUGCACAGAUUAGGUCGGACGAGGCAAGGCGGCGGUGCGAGAAGCGGGCAGAGGAGCACAUCAAGCUGCUCAUGGAGGAGAACCAGACGUUGGUCCAUGAGUACAGGACCCUGCACCAGGACUAUUCCCUAUUGGAGAACGAGAUACAAAGGGUCAAGCAGGCCGUCCACCGUACCACAUCCACGUCCCCUCAAACCUUGUCGCCGCGGCCGGACUGUGCCCGCGUGGCCCCACAGAUUGGCGACGAACACAUGGCCACCCGAAUGCGCAUCCUGGCACGGACAUCGCAGCGCCUUGCCGUCCACUCCCAAAGGCUCAAUGACCACUCAGUGCCCCAAAAUCAGUCGAGCUUGGGCAAAGCGGCAGCUCAUUGAAGUCAAGAAAGUCCAUCCCUGUCAAAGCAACACAAUCCUCGGAUAGCCCAUUGUAGGAACAGCACCCGAAUCCACAUUCCAUUUCAAUUUAGUUAAAUCCCAUCUACCAUUCGGCCAACAUCGUGUACAUUAAAUUUUGCGUAUAUUGUAAAUUACCUGUCCAAGUGUAAUCGAAAUGAAGUAAGCUUUGUGCUGGUGUAAA